UAUCCUCUGGGAAACACCGCAAAUAGAACACAAGAACAACCAAUCCAUAUUUCAUUGAAUCCAAGUUAGUGCGCGUGUGUAAUGGCGUUUUUGCGUUCCAUCUGUGCUCAACGUACCAAUUUAGUUUAUAGCUUUAGCGUUAGUGGUUCCAGCAGUCUUGGCGCUGGUAAACGUCAAUUUGGCUCGAGCAAAGCAGCGGCGGCAGCAGCAGUAUCGAAUAAUUGGUCGAAUGAUGAAUUGAAAUAUUCGAGUUCCGGUUUGAGUCAACGUCAACGUGUUUUCCCCCAAACAUUGUUUGCCUCGAUUUAUGGCCAUCAGCAACGUGGUCUCCACACAAAUGCCACCAAAUCGCAAACGGUAGCUGCCACCCAGACAAUUGGUGAUGAGCAGAAAUCAUCGGUCUAUUCCAAAUCUCAGUUGCGUCGUACUCCUCCCACACCAAAUGUACCCGAGAAUCCACAACGGGAUCCGUUGGAUGUUAGUUUCAACGAUCCAGUUGCGGCAUUCAAGAGCAAAACAACAUGGGAGUUAGUACGAGCCUAUUUGGUCUAUAUGAUCUGUUCCAGUGAGAAAUUGGUCGAACAUAAUAUGAAGCUUAUGAAAGUGGCAAAUACAAUACUGGGAGAAAAAUUGUUUACAGCUCUGAUGAAGGCAACAUUCUAUGGACACUUUGUUGCUGGCGAAGAUCAAAUCAAAAUCAUACCAACACUAGAAAGGCUGCGUUCGUUUGGCGUUAAACCAAUUCUGGAUUAUUCCGUUGAAGAGGAUUUGUCCCAGGAAGAGGCCGAGAAACGUGAAGUCGAAUCCUCAGUUUCAAGUGCCGGCGAUGUUAAAGAAGAUGAUGCCAUGCCUCAGUAUCAUGUCGAUAAAUCAUUUGCAGAUCGUCGUUAUAAGGUCAACAGUGCCAGAACCUAUUUCUAUUUGAAUGAAGCCACAUGCGAACGUAACAUGGAAACAUUCAUCAAAUGUUUGGAAGCUGUUUCAGGCGCUACCUUUGGCACCGGUAUUACAGCCAUCAAAUUAACCGCCCUGGGUCGUCCUCAACUCUUGCUGCAAUUGUCCGAGGUCAUUAUGCGCACACGUAAAUACAUGGAGGAUAUGGUGGGUGGUCAAGGCAAUGUCUUAACCCAUCACAAAACUAUUAAAGAUUUGGAAAAAUAUUAUGCCAGUUUGGGGGACAAUAAAAAUGUUCAAGAUUUCUUGAAAAAUGUUACCUCCGAUAAAGAAGGUAUUUUGCAUUUGUUCCCCUGGUCCGGUAUUGUAGAUGAAGACUCACAGCUGAGUGAUACCUUCAGAGUACCCGAUCCAAAAACUGGUCAAAUGCGUCGUUUGAUCUCACAAAUUCCGCCCAAAGAGGAAGAAAUGUUUAGAAAUAUGAUUCGUCGUUUAAAUACUAUUGUUAAGACUGCAGCUGAAUUGGAUGUGCGCAUUAUGAUUGAUGCCGAACAAACCUACUUCCAACCGGCUAUUUCCCGUAUUACUCUUGAAAUGAUGCGUAAAUAUAACAAAGACAAGGCAAUUGUAUUCAAUACAUACCAGUGUUAUUUGCGUGAGGCAUUCCGUGAGGUCAAUACCGAUUUGGAACAAGCUAAACGCCAAGAUUUCUAUUUUGGUGCUAAGUUAGUGCGUGGCGCUUAUAUGGAACAAGAACGUGCCCGAGCCCAAGCAUUAGGCUAUCCUGAUCCAGUGAAUCCCAGUUAUGAGGCUACUACCGAAAUGUAUCAUAAAACAUUAACUGAAUGUUUGAGACGAAUUAAAAUACUCAAAGAUAAUGGCGAAGAUGCCAAGAAAAUCGGUAUUAUGGUGGCAUCCCAUAACGAGGAUACUGUUCGUUAUGCCAUUGAGAAAAUGAAGGAAAUUGGUAUUUCACCCGAAGAUAAGGUUAUUUGUUUCGGUCAAUUGUUGGGCAUGUGCGAUUAUAUUACUUUCCCAUUAGGUCAAGCUGGUUACUCGGCCUACAAGUAUAUACCAUACGGCCCCGUACAAGAAGUCUUGCCAUAUCUCUCGCGCAGAGCACAAGAGAACAAAGGCGUAUUGAAGAAAAUCCAAAAGGAGAAACGUUUAUUGCUUGCCGAAAUACGUCGACGACUGAUGCGUGGUCAAUUGUUUUACAAACCCAAAGGAAACUAUGUACCCAUAUAAAU